UGCUUUUGAAGAUCUCUUGGAAUGAUCCAUGCUGCAACAGACUGCGAUACUGGACUGUACAGAUCCUACAAGCUGUGAAGACAAGCUGGAAAGUGGGUCUGGGGCCUGUAACCUGUCUUCUUAUAGGGUAGAUCAAGCUUCUAAAUAACUGGUUUGAAACCUUUUGUGCUGCCUGUGUUGAAUAUGGAAGCUACCAAGAAAAAGAUUUCCUACAGUGCACUAGAGAGAGAUCUGAGAGGGAAAACAAGGACAAACUACACCAGAUUUCUUUACAGGGUAUUGAAACAAGGACGUGAAGAUCAAAGUCUGGCCCAGAAUGUUUCAAAAGAUGUACUGGUCUCCAUAGCUACAGAAGCUGCAAGAUUGUCCCUCUACAACAAGAGAAGAACUAUUACUUGCAAGGAGAUCAGAACUGCUGUGGCUAAUAUCCUCCCCAUGGUUAAUUCUCUGGACUCUACAGAUCCCAAAAAUUUGUAAAAUGCAUAUGUGGGUGCUUUAAUAUAUAAAGGGUUAUGGAGUUUUAAUUUAUGUUCUAAAAAAUAAAUGUAUUUUAACUUACAAA